AUGUUGCCGCCUGAAAACAGGCAACUCGGCCUUGACGUCCCACCAGAAAAAGUUCGCUUACAGCCACGCCAAGAAGAUCCUUACAGAUGGUCCGUCGCUAAGCCCGUGAAGCCCCACUUCAAGUCAAACCUGAGCCGUGGGAGCGUUGGAGAUUUCCAAAAGAUCUGCGAGGCCCUGGAGAGCCGCAAUUUGAUAGAGGCAGUGUCUCCGAAAAGCUUGCAAGAAGAGAGCUACCAAGAGGAUGAACACCAUGAUUUGGUUUUCAAUGACAAUUUCACGGUCACGAUACAGAGACUAGAGCGAGAGAGAAAAGAGGCAAUUUCUGAUAAUGAGACUCUUCGUGAGAAACAAAAACAGGAGCUGCUGGAUACUCAACAGUUGUGGGAAACGGAGCAUGAUGGUCUAAGACAAGAAAUGUUGCAAUGGAAGCAUUCUGCGGAGACCCAAGAUCUCAAGCUCCGGGAGAUGAAAGAGAAGAUUUUUCCGACCCUUAAUACGCUGAACCUGCAUUUGUCGGAACUCUUUGAUAAGUCUGAUCUGGUCCAGUAG